AAGAGGUUCAUAUUUGCACCCCCAAAAGGAUCAGCUGCAGCUGAAACAAAUCCAAGUGAGUAUCUUUUAGCUGCACUGGAGGAGAGUACUCCAAAAUCUCUUUUGCAGUAUCUGGCUUAUCUUGAUCUCUGUAUGGUCUGUGAGAGAAAUGUUGAUACCUGGCGCCGAGCUGCAUUCUUUGAAGAAACUGGAGAGACUUACAGAAGAGUUAUCUCUGUAUGCUUGAGGCCUCUGGAGCAACUCGCACUGAAUUUGGGUGCAGGUCUAGAGAGCUCACUAGGUGAGAAAUCUGCCUAUCUAUCUGAUCAAUUGCGCUCACCGACUGACAGACUUGGAGAUUCAAGACUACAUGAAUCAUUUAAUGAUUUCCAGCUAUGCGCAUGGUGUGCUCGGAUAGUAGCUUCAUUGACUGCAAGUUCACGCAAGGAGGACCGAUUUGGUGUUGCUCAGCUGUCUGGGAACAACACUGCUGUUAUCUCAACAUUGCUGUCUGCAUUAUUGGUUGUUGAAACUUUCAUGGGGAAGAAGACCAAUAUACAGUCUUCUCAUCAUUUGAUGGGUGCUGCUGGAAUUAAAUGGGCCCAAAUGGGCACAGCAAGCCGAGAUUCUGCUGUGGGUCUUAGCGAGAAAAGAAGAGGUAGCCCUAUCUAUAUGAAGGCAUAUGCAAUGGCUGAUAUACUGAGAACUUCCAUUUACUUCAUUGUGUCCGCUUUCCAUGACGAGAUGCUGGAUAGUGCUAAAGCAGGACAUCUUGAGAAAGACUGGAUAAGCAGUAGUAAGGUUCUUUAUGGAACGCGAGAGCUGCUUUCCCAGAAAUUACGUCUUUUUCUGGAUUUUCGAGCAUGCUAGUGAGACUUUUGACCUGUGUCUUGCCAUUUUGUGAUGCCCCAUUAGACCAAUUUUGAAGUGGG